AUGGGCUCCAGUAAGCUCUCGACUCACCUGCACACAGAUUUUCAGGUGCGCGAGCACCAGAGCUCCGUGCUCAUUGGCGAAACGGGAUCUGGGAAGACCACCCAGGUGCCGCAGUUUCUCCUGGCCGCCGAGUUGGGCAGUGGAAAGAUUGCUGUGACUCAGCCACGGCGUGUGGCUGCAAUGAGCGUUGCCUCUCGUGUGGCGCAGGAAAUGGAUGUCGAGCUGGGAAAGGAAGUGGGGUACUUGAUCCGCUUCGAGGACAUGACCAGCGAGGAGACCCGCUUGAAAUACAUGACUGAUGGGAUGCUGCUGCGAGAAUGUCAAAUCGACCCGUUCAUGAGCCAAUAUUCGGUGAUCAUCCUGGAUGAGGCGCACGAGCGGACGUUAGCUACCGACAUACUCUUCGGUUUGCUGAAGGAGGUUCUUCUGAAGCGGCCGGAGCUGCGCUGCUUGGUCAUGUCGGCGACCCUGGAGGCCGAGAAGUUCCAGGACUACUGGACAGGUGCUCCACUGCUGCGCAUCCCUGGACGUAUGUUUCCAGUCGAGACCUUCUUCACCCUGCGCCCAGAAAAGGACUAUGUGGCGGCGGCUGUUGAGACGUGCUGUCUCAUCAACGCCCAUGAAGGUCCCGGAGAUGUGCUUUGCUUCUUGUGUGGCGAAGAGGAAAUCGAGAAGGCGUGCGCUGAGAUCCAGGCUCGGGCGGAGGAGACCGGCCAGGAGACUUUAGUGCUUCCACUCUACUCCUCCUUGCCGAUGAACCAGCAGAGGCGCGUGUUUCCACCAGCGCCCGAGGGCACCCGCAAGAUCAUUGUCGCCACGAACAUCGCCGAGACCUCCUUGACGAUCGACGGCGUGGUCUUCGUCGUGGACCCUGGACUCUUCAAACAAAUGCUUUACAAUCCCCGCACGCAUGUGGAGUCCUUGCUGGUCUCUCCCAUCUCCAAAGCCAGCGCCAUGCAGCGAGCAGGUCGUGCUGGCCGCACCAGACCGGGGAAAUGCUUCAGGCUCUACACCCUGGAGACCUUCGAGAAAGAGUUGCCAGAGAGCACCUAUCCUGAGAUCAUCCGAAGCAACCUUAGCUCAGUGGUGAUUUCCUUGAAGAAACUCGGGGUGGAUGACAUCGUCCACUUUGAUUUCAUGGAACCGCCAUCUCCCGAGUCGAUGAUGAGGGCCUUAGAGAUGCUCUACUUCCUUGGGGCCAUUGAUGAGGAGGGCGAUCUCACUGACAUAGGGAGCAAGAUGGCCGACUUCCCGGUGGAUCCACAUUUGAGCCGCAGCAUCAUCGCCAGCGCUCGGCACAGCUGUUUGGAGGAGGUCAUCCAGAUCAUCGCUAUGCUCAGUGUGCCUCCACCCUUCAGCCGUCCGAGAUAUGCGCAGAAGGCAGCUGAUAAGGCGCACAAGCACUUCGCGUCCGGCUAUGGAGAUCACCUCUCCCUGCUGAACGCAUAUCGAGCAUACGUGGACUGCGGAUCCAAAGCCGAGUUCUGCCGGGAGCACUUUCUCUCUGAGCGGAAUAUGAGGCAGGCCGAGAAUGUCCGGAAGCAGUUGGCCAGCCUGGCUCGGAAGAGUUCGCACCUGGAGAGCCUCGAAAACGGCCACGAGAAGAUGCUGACCACCAGCAUUCGGAAAGCCUUCGUGGAAGGCUUCUUCAUGCAAUGUGCACACCUGGACGAGAGUGGGAAACACUACCUCACGGUCCAGGAUCAGCAGAUGGUGGCCAUCCAUCCAUCCUCGUUCCUGCAGCACAAGGCGGAGUGGGUCCUUUACCAUGAGACGGUCGUCACAGAUAGGUGCUACAUGCGGAAUGCUACCGCCAUUCCCCCAGAGAUGUUGAUUGAGGUGGCCACGAAGUUCUAUCAUCCCGAUAGGUGUAAACUCACGGCGCAUGCGAAGAAGAUGCUCCGGCGUGCCCUCCCACGCGCCAAGGUGGCGAACUGA